AUGGCUCUGUUGGGAUCGCGUUUUGUUCCCUUUCUGGACAACUACUUUGAGCCAGAUUCAGCAAGGAUGGCGAAAGGCUCAAAGUUGUUGUCCGUCCGUCAAGGUCCGGACCUUUCUGAAUGUUAUUAUCAAGCCCCCUCAGCGAACCCAAACUACUGGUGGUGCUAUGCGGAACCUUUUGCUAAAGGACCUGGACCGGGACCUGGACCUGGACCAGGAGCAGGGCCACCGGGAGAACCACCAGGGUUACAAGGACCUGGAAGAGGACCCGGAGACGGACGUGGAAGAGGAUCCGGAGAGAGACCCGGAUUUCCAAGGCCGCCAGGAGGAGGAGGGCCACCAUCAGGUGGACUACGACAACCCGGAAAGCCUCAGCAGCCAGGGGGAAACUCUCCACCACCUAGCCCAGAGAAUAGCUCAUCGUCAUCGACGAGCACAGAGAACAGGCCUACUCCUUCACCAGAGCCAUCCUUGAGACCGAGCGUCGAGUUAACCACGUCGAUCAGGGUAUCGAGGACGGCAGCGCCGACGACAAGCCUACCCUCGCCGAGUCAACCGAACACAACCCGCGCCCCAAGUCCUACGGGCAAUCUACCACUUGUUCCAUCACUGGUCUCGACAAAGCCGCCUAUGAUUGUUCCUACGUCGGCUCAGUCGACGGCCGUUGGAGCGCCCGACCUGGCUCCUUCAGAGACUAAUUCCUCUCCAUCAUCCACUUCCUCGCCGGUAGCCGCAGCUGCCGCCACCAACCAGCGCGCAGUCACUAUCACUGUUGCGUCUGUUGUAUCCGCCGCUGGGGUUCUCUUUAUUAUUGCUGGAUUUUUGCUGUAUCGUCGGUACAAACAGAGGCGGCCUCCCUUCUUCCAUCGGGGAAUAACACCUAUCGACGAUGAGGAAAUAGAGUCAUGGAAAAUCAGCAGAGAGAUCAGCGAUGAGGAGAAGAGCGGUGGUUCUUUCGAGAAAGAGACUGGACUGGAAGGCUCAGGGGCAAAUGGCAAUGGCGCUAAUGGGCACACCAGGGGUUCAGAAUCGACCAGUUCACUGAAAAAAGUACCCAGCGCCGUGAUCGUCUAUCAGAGCACGCCCGCUCAGCAGUCUCAGCAGUUUGCCUCUGGAGCAGGGAGGCAAUCGGAGGAAUUCUCACCUCGAUCAUUCCACUCUCCCCUCAGGAUAUCGAAAUACGGGGCAUAUGGCAGCGGCGGCCGGGUGAGCAUUGACCGGGACUACCCACAGACCCCGAUACAAGCCCGGGCACCAAAUGCUCGGGAGGGUCUGACAGACGAGUCGGUUCCUGGGGACGAGCCAUACUUGCCCCAGGCAAGGAGGCAGCCGUCACGCAUUUCAAAACUUCCGGCACCCUUAUCUUCAAGCUCCAGGAGCAUGCACAACAGGUCGCGGAGCUCUAGGAGCAGCCUAAGAAGCUUUGGGGAACGCUACAGUCAUGACCAGCCUAGCCCAUAUGGUGGUGGGCACACUUACUCGGAGCAGGAUCUGUCUCCUCGCUGGGCCCGUGCUUCGAGUGACCUGCCGCGCGGCGGGGCAUUGCAGCAGACACAGUCAUUACAACAUAAGCUUCGGCACUCCAAGUCAUCCACUGGUCACCACGGCCACGCACGAGGGCACAACCGAGUCUAUUCAAACUCUGAAACGCCGCCGAGGGUUUCGUUCAGUGACGAUUUUUUGAACUCGCCCAGGCCUCUGCUGUUGCGUGAGGACAUUGGUCGGGCCAUCGGUUGAGGCCCAGCUUGUACGAUGAUUUCUUCUAAGCAGCCAAUUUGAAAAUACAAAGGGCUUUUAUUUAUUACAUUAACUUCUGUGGGUUAUGGAGCAAUCGAUCUCCGAUUUUUGGUCAGCCCUAUUUUUUUUCUUGUUUUUUUUUUUUUUUUUUUUUGCUUUC